GACCGGUGGGGGACUACGCAGUUGGAGAGAUCUCCUGGAGUUGGAGGGCGCAUUGGGGGUUUCUCGAGGUCCACAGUUGAUUCUCUCGAGCCUGCCCUUGGGAUUCGUGCACGAAUGUAAAAGGUUCCGCGCUACCGCGUGUUGGGACGUUCAAGUUGUUCUAUAUACGUUUGCCGCGGUAGCGGCGGCAGAGGAGAGGUGGGAUCAGGCCUUUGGUGGCAGUGGUUUUGCUGCAAUGGAGGGGGACGAGGAGAAGAGCGGGGAUUUCUACGCGGUGCUGGGGCUGAAGAAAGAGGGCUCCAUGGCGGAGCUCAAGAAUGCGUACAAGAAGCUGGCGAUGAAGUGGCAUCCCGAUAAGUGUCCUGCGUCAGGCAAUAAGAUACGCAUGGAUAAAGCGAAGGAGAAGUUCCAGGAGAUCCAAAAAGCCUACUCUGUUCUCUCCGACUCCAACAAGCGAUUCCUGUACGAUGUCGGAGUUUACGACAAAGACGAUGAGGAAGAUGAAGAGGGGAUGGGGGACUUCAUUGGGGAGAUCGCGCAAAUGAUGAGCCAGUCCAAACCCAGCGGGAGCGGCCACGAGAGCUUGGAGGAGCUGCAUCGGCAGGUCGUGGAGAUGUUCCUCGACGAACUGGACGCCGGAGAUCGCUUCUCCUCGGCCAACCAAGGCGCGUCGUCCUGCGACGGCAGGGACGACGGCGGCGGUAACAAGCGUGGCAACUGGGCGGUGGACUGGGGCAAGGAGAAGCUGAACGAGUUGGGCCCGGGCACCGGCGGGUUCUGCUUCGGGGUGAGUCGCCGAGUCCACUCCUUUGAUCUUAUGAUAGACGUAGUCCACCUCAUCCAUUCUGAUCUGACUCUGGAAUAGCACAUUGCUGAUAUGACCUGCCAAAGUCGCCCAGCUGAUGUGGCGAAUUUUGGGUGGAUGGCCCUCCCCUUGCCUCACCCAUCACAGUAGAAGAAAUUCAUCAGUAUUUGUCACUGUACGGACUUCCUCGUGACUCUUUCACAUGCCCGUAAAGUUUAAUGAAUUCACGUAAAA